AGAAUGAGAAGUCCAACGAAGAGAAGCAGAGGGAAGAGGAGCUGGUACAGCAGAUCCAUAAGCUGGUGGAAACACGGGAUUUCCUUGUGGACGAUGUGGAGUUUGAGAGGCUCAGGGAAAGGGAAGAAGACAAGGAAAUGGCAGAGUUCCUGCAAAGUAAGCUCUCCAAAAGCUACCUCCAGAAAGCAACUCCUGUCAAAGAGAAGAAAAUGACUUCCAGGGGCCAGCAAACCUCCACGCCGUAUAUGAGCAAAACAGGCCUCACCCUGCUCAAGGAGUGCUGUGGCUUCACCUGCUCCAUCAUGUAG